AUGCAGACCCAGCAGCGGGAUGUGCGGACUAUGUGUAGACUUGACCGGGUUCAACGAGGUGCAGGAACAAUGAUUUCCGAAUUAGACCACGGGAAGUGCAAGGUGCUCUACAACUCCCAGCUGCUGUUUCGCCACCGCCUCUAUGCAGACCUGGAGACCAUCCUGUACCGCGUGCACCUUUCCGAGCCCCUGUCGUGGCUCAUGAAACAGCCGUCACUCUACAUCCACGACGCUGUGCCACGGGACGCCUUCCAGGCCCUGAGCAGGAUCCACUGGAUCUGCUAUUACAGCACCAGUCUCAGGGAGGUGAUCACGGGAGACCUGCUGCCUUCCUCUGACAUGAUCAAAGCCUUGAGCCAAGAGUUUGGGUUGCCUGUUUCAUGGGAACAACUCAGAGGUGCCAAACUGUUGGCUAUGCCGCCUCAUCCUGCCCCCAAUCUCGAGGAUUUACAAAGUUGGGGUUCCACCCUCCCUAAUGAGAUCCGUGCCCACCAGGAGAAGUACCCGCAGUGGCAGAACACCAGGCUGCUGAAGAAGAGAGGCCAGAAGCACAGCCUGAUCCAGGUGGGCAUUCUCUCCCCCAGGUCAGGGGUCCCAGGCCUUCACCACACCUGGGCUGUCCAGUUACCUGCUGGGAGAUACAGGGCAGAUGGCCAGUUCUUGAGCGGGGCAUCUGCCUCUGGCCUGUAUCUGAUCUCACUCCAGCCCUGGCGUAUCUCGUCCUUCCUGAAAGGUGAAAAGGAACGCUCUUAG